GUUGUAUUAGCAAAAGAAGCAGGACUUCUUUACUCAGCAAUUGCCUUGGUAACUGAUUACGAUUGUUGGAAAGACGACUACCAAACGGUUUCGCACAACGUUGUUCUACAAAGUUUCCAAAAUAACGUCGAGAAGCUGAAAACCCUUUUAAUUGCAGCCGUCCAAAAGGUUGCCGCGAAAAAUUGGGAUAAAGAAAUUCAAGAAUUACAGGAAAUUCGCGUUAUAUAUUAAAUAAUAUAAAAAGAUCAUU